AUGGCAUCGUUGUUUAAAAAUGCUCUUCAACAAGUUGGACAAUCACAUAAAGUUGAUGAUGAUAUCAUUGAUAGAUUUAAUCGUCGUUUUACUGUUGUUCUUCUUGUUACAUUUACUGCAUUUGUUAGUGCUAAACAAUUUGUUGGAGAACCAAUUUCAUGUUGGACUCCAGCACAGUUUUCUGGACCUCAAGUAGCUUAUACGAAUAGUAUAUGUUGGCUUAAAGGUACAUAUUAUCUUGAAAUCGAUCGACAAUUAAUUCCACAUCGUACACAAAAUUCUGAAUUUCGUAUUGCUUAUUAUCAAUUUGUUCCUUAUAUAUUACUUGUAAUGGCAUUGAUUUUCUAUUUGCCGCAUAUGUUUUGGCGUAAUAUCAGUCGACGUAUCGGUUUUGAUCUUCGUUCAAUAAUUCAAAAUAUAAAACAAGUUUCGAAAACAGAUAUUGAUCAAGUAGCAGUACAAAUUCAUAUAGCACUUGAAUAUAAUUCAUCGAAACAUGUUGUUGAUCGUUAUAAAAAUCUUAAUCGUUUAUUGGAAAUAUUUCAAUGUUCACGUCGAUAUCGUAAAAUAAAAUAA